CGCCAGUGGGGGCAGUAGAGUCACAUUAAAGUGUUUAGUAGCGUAGACGUAGAUCGAGCUCUCUGGUGUUGUUUCAGGUGCAGAAACUUUAGUCACUUAAAUUCUUUUAUCAUGACAUUCUGAGUUUAAUGUUUCUGAAUAUUAAUCGAGGUGAAAAGGGCGGGAAAAUGACGCGGUAAAAUGGUGUGAGAAGAGUUCGCUUCGGUGUUUCUGUAACUGCGCAGGUUAGCUUGACGUUAGCUAGCUCUCCUGUCGGCUCCUUUUGUUCUCCGGUUAAAGUUCCUCCUCCCCGGUAACACAUGAGUGUGUCGCUGGUCGUCGUCCGUCUGGAGAUCGCCGACCAGUCUCCUCCUCCACGAGGCUUCCAGUAUUGCGCCGUUGAAGGGAUGUCCGAGGAGCAGCUGCAGGAGAAAGCUCUGGGUUUAGCCAAACUCAGCCUGAAUGGGAAGUCGGAGCUGGAGAGAGCCGCAGUCCUGCACCAGCACAUCGGCAGCAGAGCCAUGGGGGACAUGGUCAUCGAGACCUUCGAGGCCGGCCAAGGAAGUGAUGUCGAGCCGCACAGCUCGCCUCAGGACGCCCACGCGGAACCGGAGGGUCCGAGGGGAGCAGAACUGUCGCCGGUGGACAGCGCCGUCAAAGAAACGGCGCCGGACUCGCCCUCCAAGCAGCUCCCAGACCAGAUCUCCUUCUUCAGCGGAAACCCGUCGGUGGAGAUCGUCCACGGGAUCAUGCACCUCUACAAAACCAACAAAAUGACGUCUCUGACCGAAGACGUACGCCGCAGCGCCAUGGUCUGCAUCCUGACCGUCCCGGCGACCAUGACCAGCCACGACCUCAUGAAGCUCAUGGCGCCGUUCAACGAGGUCAUGGAGCACAUGAAGAUCAUCCGUGACUCCACACCCAACCAGUACAUGGUUCUGAUCAAGUUCUGCUCCCAGGCAGACGCCGACAGCUUCUACGCCACCUGCAACGGGCGCCAGUUCAACUCCAUCGAGGAGGCGGUCUGCCAGGUGGUCUACGUGGAGCGAGCCGAGGUCAUCAAGUCUCAGGAGGGAGCCAGCCUGCCGGUGAUGGAGCUCACCGAGCUGCCCAAGUGCACCGUGUGCCUGGAGAGGAUGGACGAGUCGGUGAACGGCGUCCUCACCACGCUGUGCAACCACAGCUUCCACAGCCAGUGCCUGCAGCGUUGGGAAGACGCCUCGUGUCCCGUGUGCCGCUACUGUCAGACGCCGGAGCCGGUGGAGGAGAACAAGUGCUUCGAGUGCGGCGUUCAGGAGAACCUGUGGAUCUGCCUGAUCUGCGGCCACAUCGGCUGCGGUCGCUACGUCAGCCGGCACGCCUACAAGCACUUUGAAGAGACGCAGCACACGUACGCCAUGCAGCUGACCAACCAUCGCGUGUGGGACUACGCCGGAGAUAACUACGUUCAUCGGCUGGUGGCCAGUAAGACUGACGGGAAGAUGGUGCAGUUCGAGUGUGAAGGAGACACCUGCCAGGACGAGAAGAUCGAUGCGCUGCAGCUGGAGUACUCGUACCUGCUGACCAGCCAGCUGGAGUCCCAGAGGAUCUACUGGGAGAACAAGAUCGUCCACCUGGAGAAGGAGACGGCUGAGGAGAUCAACAACAUGAAGGCCAAAUUCAAGGAGACGCUGGAGCGCUGCGACAACCUGGAGCAGAGACUUGGAGAGAUCUCCAAGGAGAGGCAGAGUCUGGAGAAGAAGUCCACGCAGCUGAACGGACGUGUGCUGAAGCUCAGCCAGGAGCUGAAGGAGGAGCAGGAGAUGAACCGCUGCCUGAGAGCCAACCAGGCGCAGCUGCAGGCCCAGCUGGCCGAGGAGGAGCGCAAAGCCAAGGAGAGCGGCGAGCGUAAAGACACGGUCAUCGCAGAGCUGCAGGAGCAGCUCCGAGACGUCAUGUUUUACCUGGAGACGCAGCAGAAGAUCGAGCAGCUGUCCUCCGAGGCUCGCUCCGAGAUCCAGGACGGACACAUCGACAUCCCAGCCGGCCCCGCGGACGGCGGCGUGGGCUCGGCGGACGCGGGCCCCUCCUCCGGCCGGGGCCGCCGGGGCCGGGGCCGCAAGAGGAAGUAGAGCGGGAAAUCUCCGAGCAAACUGAGGACGUGCGUUUGCACAACAUGUUGGUGAACAUCAGAAGAUGCUGCGGAGCUUCCUCACCUGCAGGAGGAAACGGGAGCGUCCUCCAUCAGUGAUUUGUUCUUCAGGACAGCAGGGAAUGUAAAUAAAAGUUAUUUAUUAACUCCAUCCUGUUGGACUUUUAUCCAAGUUUGGUUCAAAGUUAAACAUUUCCUGCAGGAUGAAAGCGACGGGACGACUUUGAUUAAAACUCUUCAGAUCUCC